UUCUCUCAAUUACUCGCAAUGACAGAGGAAAACCGGCAAUUCCGCCAAUCUCAUCGAACAGAGCUGGGUGGCGAUGAAGAGAGGAGAGCUCUCAAGAAUGCAUGGCCCGAGGUUGUAGGACUCACUGCAGAAGAUGCAGAGAAGAGGAUCAAAGACGACAAACCAGAAUCUCACGUCCAAGUCGUGCCACCAAAUCACUUUGUAACAGCUGAUUAUAACGAGGGACGUGUUCGAAUCUUCAUCGAUUUAUCUGGCAGAGUAUUGAAGGCUCCGGUCAUCGGUUAGAGAAGAAGCUUUACUAAAUAAUGGUGGUCUCUUCUUGUUUGUAGAUGCAUCUUAAUGAAUCCAAUGAUA